GGCUCUAAUCCGCUUCCACUCUCGAAGCCGCCCUGCUUCCGUGAUCUGAAAAACCGUACAACGACUUCCUUUCCCCUUGAGGGAAUUAAGUAAACGAAAACAAAAACAAAAGCAGAAGCAGAAGGAAAUUCAACAAAAUAAAACUCAUUAGAUCAUCUGCCUUCGCUUCCGAAUUAUCGGAUACCGUUCAAUUAUGAGUUCUCAGUCUAGCGCGGGCUUUUUCACUGGAUUUACUAAGCUUUGCAAGGGAUUAGCAGUGGUGCUUGUCGGAGGCCACAUUUUAGUUCAACUUUUACCUGCGGCGGCUUCUGUUCUUGCUCUGAUUCCAGCUAGGACAAUUCCCUUUGCUUGGAAUCUCGUAACAGCUGGUUACAUUGAGCAAACAGUGCAUGGUGUAGUCGUCAGCACCCUUGGUCUCCUCUUCAUGGGGAAGUUGCUUGAACCUGUGUGGGGUUCUAAAGAGUUCCUGAAGUUCAUCUUCAUAGUUAACUUUCUAACUUCCCUAUGUGUUUUCACUACUGCUAUUGCCUUGUACUACAUAACAAAGGAGGAGAAUUACCUGUACAUGCCUGUUUCAGGUUUCCAUGGGGUUCUUGCAGGGUUCUUGGUCGGCAUCAAGCAGAUCAUACCUGAACAGGAGCUGUAUUUAUUAAAAUUAAAAGCAAAGUGGUUGCCAUCUCUUAUGCUCCUGCUAUCCAUUAUUAUAAGCUUCUUUACUGCAGAGUCAGCUGCUUAUCUUCCAGCCUUAAUAUUUGGCACACAUAUGGGCUGGAUUUACCUGAGAUACAUGCAGGGAAAACCAGAAACAAAAUUUAGGGGCGAUCCAAGUGAUGAUUUUGCAUUCUCUUCAUUCUUCCCUGAAUUUGUUAGACCAGUUAUCAAUCCCAUUGCAUCAAUAUUUCACCGGAUGCUUUGUGGAAGAUCUGAAGGCUCUAGUGAUGGUCAUGGUUAUACCUUGGGAGAUGCUCCAUUGCCUGGUUCUGACCCUAUUGAGGCAACAAGGAGAAGAGAAAGAGGAGCUAGAGCACUGGAGGAGAGAUUGGCAGCUGAGAAGUUGGCAGCCUCACAGAGCGUAGUUGAGUCCAAAAAGGAUGAUGCGUCAGAGAAUGUCUAACUGGGUGAGAACUUGGUUAUUGAAGCUAGACAACAAAUGCAAGUGUCCAUACCUUGACCAUCUCAGAUGUUGUGCGAUGUUUCGAGAUAAAUCUUUCUUUCUAGAUUCUGGUGGACAGUUUUGUUUUCCAAUUUGCCGUGGACUACCAACCCUUGAAGUACACAUGUUGUCAUUUUAUAUGUUGUGGUAUCUCGCAAUUAUUGUCAUAUGUGCCCUUGCUCAAUAUAUAUAGUUUAGAAAUGAACAAAAAACAAAAAAAGUCCUUGAAUGA